UUUAUGGAUGUAUGAAGUGGGAUAGUAAAAUAAAGUUAUACACAGUCACGUGACAUGGCCAAGAUGGCGGACUGAUAAUCCGGGAGAGAAAUGUGUACUGAAUAGGAACUUCCAAGAUAAGCCCAUUUAUAUUAUUGUAAUGGUUCUGCUGAAAACCAUUGGAACAAUUCAGUUUUAGGAUUAUCACACUGCUCUUUUGAGUAACAAUGUCUCUCAAACUCAGAGCAUCUAAGUUUCGACAUGUCUUUGGCUCCCAAUGCAGAAGGGAACAGACAUUUGAAAAUGUUAGGAUCACCAGGAACACCCACGACAGCAAUUUUUGCAGUGUCAACCCGAGAUUUUUGGCAGUGGUCACUGAGAGCUCUGGCGGAGGUGCUUUUGCCAUAUUGGAUGUGAACAGACCUGGCAGAGUGGAUAUCAACUGUCCUAAAGUGUGUGGCCAUGCUGGUGCUGUUCUGGAUAUCAAGUGGAAUCCAUUCAAUGAUUGUGUCAUUGCUUCUGGUUCAGAUGACACAACCGUUAAGAUUUGGACAGUUCCUGAAUCUGGUCUUUUAGGGACUCUGACCGAUUGGUCAGCAGAUCUUCAUGGUCACUCCAGAAGGAUAGCUUAUGUAGACUGGCAUACAUCUGCCGCCAAUGUUCUCAUGUCUGUAGGAUUUGACUUCAAAAUAAUGGUAUGGAACGUGGAACAAGCUGAACCAAUCAACUCCCUCAUUUGUCACACUGACACUAUCUAUUCAGCCUGUUGGGGAAGGGAUGGCAGUCUCAUAGCUUCCACCUGCAAAGAUAAAAAAAUUCGAGUCAUGGACCCACGUCAGGCGAAAGUAGUCAUUGAGAUGGAUGGACACCAAAGUACUAAAACUUCAAAAAUUGUAUUUGUGUCAGACAACCAAGUAUUCACCACAGGGUUCUCACGGAACAGUGACAGACAGUAUGGAUUGUGGGAUGUGAGAAAGUCAGGGCCAGCUCUUACCAUGUCAGACCUGGACUGCUCCAGUGGUAUCCUCUUGCCUUACUAUGACCCUGACAUUCGAGUUGUUUACUUGGCUGGCAAGGGUGAUGGUAAUAUCAGAUAUUUUGAAAUUGAUUCUGAAGAGAAUUCAGUACAUUUUCUCAAUACUUACCAGUCAGCCUUACCACAGCGAGGACUUGGCAUGAUGCCCAAAAGAGGAAUUGACCCAUUUAAGAAUGAGGUUGCCAGAUUUUACAAGUUGCAUGCUUCCAAAAAUUUGGUGGAACCUAUUUCAAUGAUUGUGCCCAGAAAGGCUGAAGGUUUCCAGCCAGAUGUCUUCCCACCAACAGCAAGUACAAUUCCUUCCCUUACAGCAGAUGAGUGGAUGAGUGGGGUGAACAGAGGACCAAUCUUGCUGGACUUGGAGAGUGGAACCAUUCUAGAUAAACCAAGGUCUUCAAUGUCACCAGCUGUACAAAACCAGAUUGGUGCUCUCAGCAAGGCUCCCCAGAUCACAACAUACAAAGCAGUGAACAGUAGGACAGCACAACAGCCGUUUAACUCUGCUCAGACUCCUGCACCUUUCCAGCCCUCAGGCCCAUCCACCAAUCUUCGUCCCUCUCCUGAAGGCCAUGCACCAGUUGUGUUGAAGUCACCAUCGAUGAAGAUGCCAUCUGUCAUUCAGCAGACCCACAUAUGGAAUGGGAUGGACAAGACAAAACAAGAGCCAGCCUCCAUCAAAAACAUCAGAGGAUUAAGCUCCAGCAGUAAAGAAGCCAUCAAUGACAUUUCGCCACUCUCUCCAUCAUCUUCUGCAUCAUCUUCCAAUUCCUUCAAGAGGUCCUGGUCCCCUGGCUCUUUGUCUCUUACUUCCACCACAGCAGCUCCGCAUGUCAAUGGCUUCAAUGAAGACCCACAAGCAGGAGACUAUCUUGCCUCUAAAGCCUCACCUACAAUGAUGACAACGCUAACCACAUCUCAAAAGUCACAGCCCUCUGGCACCACCCGCUACUCCCAGGCCAGAUUAAACAGAGGCUUCGUGCAACAGCGGGCUAACACUAUAGCCAGCAGUGAGAAUGCUGAACACAUCAGUGCAGUGAAACUGGUGAUUGGCCAGCCAGCGCAGACAGCACAAGGCCAUGCUAUUCAUGUACGCAAAGUUUGGUCACCACCUGUAUCUUCUGUUGCUUCCCCUUCCCCUACGCCAGUGUCGUCAAAGUCUGGAAUUAGUUUCCCCAGUAGUGAAACAGAGUUGAAGAAAGCCUACUUUCGGCAGUUGGAUGAAAUAAAAAAUCUCCAGGAACAGUUGCAGCUGAAGGAUAAGAGAAUCCAACAGUUAGAGACAGAGUUGGCACAGAUGAAAGAGCGGGAAGCAGAUCUAAAGCCAGGGGAAAGUAAUUGUUGAUAUAGAGCUGAACUCAAAAGAUUCACCAGGCCUAGUCCUGUGACUUGAAAGCAUUGGUUGCUGACCUAGAAUAAUUGACAUCCCAUGGGCAAAGCCUCAUGCACCUUUUUAUUUUAUAGCUAUCAAAAUGACCUUUCUAAAUGUGCACACCUUAACUGCAUACUUCUAUUCUGGGCGCAUCUGUUGAUCCUGUGCAUACAUUGUAUCUCAGUAGACAAAUGGACAGGAAGAAACACUGGCUUGUGUGUUUCAGAGCUCUCCUAACAGUCUGCUCUCAUCUUACAAUAGUGUCGGAUGCACUAGUUUGUAGUUAGUUUAGAAUUAACCUGAUGGCAUUGUAAGAUCAAAUAUUUGUAUUUCUGUAAUGAUAAGGGCAAAUCUUGCCUUUGUGAGUUUGAGGUAUGAUUGAGUUAAUUAGAUGACCUGUGUUUAUCAAGAAAACAUGGACAAAUGUUUGGUUUCCAGGGUUUUGAUUGACUUUGUAAAUUAUAAGAAAGACUGCAGUUGUUUUCACCCCUUUUAUUUUCUUAUGGAACCAAACAAUGUUUGAAGUUACAUUUCCCCAGAUUUCAAUUAAGCUACAAGUAAUGCAAGUAAUUCAAGGUAACCUCUGACCUCUGUAGGCUCUUCUCUCUCUCCACUUCACUUAAAAUUUUCUGAGACAUUUUUUUUUUUGCUUCCAGACUUCCAAGAUGUAUUACCAUAUACUAGAGAUAUUAGGAAAUAUUCCUUAAGUGGAUUUUUUUUUAUGUUUCUCAAGCUGGAGAUAUUUUUAUUUCAUUUAUCAGUUCAGAGCCUUUUUUUUUUUUAUCAAUGAAUGAGCCACCAAAAGUGGCAAACAAAAAAUUUGUAUUACAGUUUUACUGAACAUUGUAAAGAAAAUCAAUCAUUUGAUCAGUCAUUAUAAAAUUUUUGUAUUUGAUUUUAUCAAAAUUUAUUAUGUAAUUAGUUUUGUUUUUCUCUACAUGUUUAACGAAGCAAAAAACUUUACCUAUAAAAAAAAGACAUUAAAUUUUGUACUGUGUACAAUUUUGUUUGUAUUAAUUUACAUCAAGCCCAUUUAGAAUGGUUCUUCAGUCGGGAAAACAAAAGUAUCUCAAGAACUUAAAUAUGAUAAAGAUCCGCAAUUUGUGUGUGUGUGUGUGUGUUAAGUUUCUGUCUGCGGUUCUGUGGCAUUGAUUUGUUUGAUUUCAGUCAGGCUGUGUUACUUAAUAUUUUCUUACACAUGUUGAGUUUAGGCUCCAAGAAAUAAACUGGACAUUUCUUGGUUUUGUGUUUCAAUUGCUAUUUAAACAUUUUUAAAACUAUUUUGUAAUCUGCAUUUUGUUUGAACAAGAUUAUUUUGUUUUAUUUGUUUGCUUUAGAACCAUCUGUUUUGGCAAACGGAACAUAUUUUUAGACAAUUUUUUUGUUUACAUUAUUAUACGGUAAUAAUAUCAUGUUGCUAAAUGUUGUAUAAUCUUUAUAAUAAGGCUUUAAACAUUUUUUUUUAAUUCCUAGUUUCAUCUGUAGACAUAUUCAGUUAAUACAAAUUCAUUUAUCAAUCAGAUAAAUUUUUUAUUUUAUUCUUAAAAUGAGAAACUUCCCCUAAUGAAAAGACAAAAAAAAACAACAACAAGGCAGUAAGAUAAUAAGAAGCUAUUGUCCUUUGAACAAAAGUUGUCACCCUUUUCAUAUGAAUCAUGGGCUAUGACUAUUUUUAUUUUUUUUAAAUAGUUUUUUAUUUGUCCUACAGCAAGACAGGACUAGACCAAAGUGGUGACUAGAUUGUAAGGUUGCCUAUGGUGCACAGGUUAGGUUUGGCUGUCUGGUGCCUUUUUAUUUUGAUAAGCAUGCUUAACUUUUCCCAUUCAUCUGGAGCUCCCAACACCUGCUACUAAAACUUGUAGGCCUUCUGUUUUUAACUAAAGUUAGCCUUUUCCCCAAAGAUGCUGACCUUUUCUUAUUGUUUACCAGGGAUCCUGUUCCAGUGUCACUGGAGAUGUUUUUUUUUUUCUUCUAAUUUGUCUUAUCUUUUUUAAAAAACAUUUUCAUGAAUUAUUCGGGUACCAACUUCCAGCUGUGUCUGUCAAAUUUAUCUUUUUUCACUUUCACAAUUUUUAGUAAAAUAUAAAAUAUUGUUUUUUUUACCCUUAGGAAAACAAACAACAAUAUGCUAAGCUAUUAGAAUGCAGUAAUCUCAUAUGAUGCAAAUAAUUCAUAUCCAGCCUUUUUAUUCUUUUUAAGAUUUUCUUGGGUUUUUACCUUAUGUCUGUUAUAUACGACAUUUUCCUUCUUUUUUUUUCCCUUUGUCAGGUUUAUGAUCUGAACAAAAUACUACUUAUAGCGUGUGAACAUAUCAGUUACUAAAUGAACAACUUUUGAUUUGUUUUAAUACAAAGUUUAUACUUUAAUUCAGGUAACAUCUUAUAUGAAUUCGUUUGUUUAAAUAUUUGUGGGUCACUUGUGAACAUUUUAUUUUAUAGCAUGUUACAUUGCAGCAAAGAUAUCACUAGGUUUGCAUCCUACAAGAUUUAUGGUUUUUUUUUUAAAUAAAAUGUUUUGUUGAUUUUUUUUAGAAUUAGCACCUUGUUUGUGUAUAUUUUAUUCUUAUGAUUAUAUAUCCUUAUUUUCCUUACCAAAUCAAAUUGUCGGGAGCCCAGACAUUUGUUGUUUAGUCUUUCUUAUCAUUAAGAGCAAUGACAAUUCCUUUGCAUUUCGAGAUGUUAGUAUCUCAUUUCUUAGACAUUUCCUUCUAAAUUUGAAUUUGCAUUGGCUGCUGUUUUGACUUGUAAAUGAAGCUAGAAAUGUGUCACCUCUAGAUAAUCGUCUGUUUUUGUUGUGGAAGGAGACAGUGAAUGAAUCUUUUAAAGUGUUGAUCAGAUAGACUUUAUAAACCCACAGUGAGCUUUAAAGUUUGUGCCUUGUAUUCCACAUAUAACUUCAGGACAAUUUUAAUUUAGCGCCCAGUGCCAUAGGAAAUUCAGUGGGAAAAAAAGACUAUGAAACAAAAAUGAGAGAAGAAACUUUUUUAAAAUCUCAAUAACGGAGAAUAAUAGAAUGAGAAGUCUAGUUGUUACUUAGUUGUCAAGAAAUGAGACGCAUUGUAGUUAGAUUGUUCUUUGAUUUUCAUAAACUUUUUUUUUACAAUUGUACAGUUUAGAAUGCCACUUGACUUUACAAUUUUAUCACAUCUGUGGCAUCCAUUCAGUUUGGAAUGACUGUAUUUAGAAUUAUGACACCUGAUUGUGUUUUAGUGUUUAGAUUUUGUGUUUUGUUUAAAAAAAUCUUCUUCAAGUCACAUUCUUUCAUGACAUUUGGGGCUAAACUUAUUUUCUUUUAAAAUAUUUUUUUUUCUUAUUAGAUUUUUAAUAGUGCUUUGAGAAUAUGAACAUUUUAUGCACACACACACACACACACACUCAGCUCAGUUUGGAUUCUUAUAGGCUGUAUUUUUGUAUUGUUGCAAAGAAUAACUUAUAAUUUGAUCUUGUAUUUGAUACACUUUAUACAUAGCUGUAUAGGCUAGGGUCAUUGCACUAUAGUGGAGUAGGAAAGUAGAGUUUUCUUGGGAUUGUAAAUUGUACAUUGUUUAGAUUGAAACUACUGACUGUAGAGUGGUGAGAAUGCUGAUGAACACACACACACACAUUCGUUAUUGCAAUGCACAGAACAGCUCAGUUUUUUUACUCAUUCAGAUUGAUCAUUACAUUUCAAAGUUACUGAGGAGAUCAACAGGUUUGUGUAUUCAUUUGAAAGUUGGUAAAACUGCUGUUAGUUGUGCUGGCAUUGUCCAUAUCAGCUCUAUGUGUCUCAGUCAUCCAACAUUUGAAAGCAAAUUUACCACUUUAGUUGUUUUUUUGUGUUUUCAUUUUAUCCAGUCCCUUUUACAUUCCUCAGAAUUAUAUUUUACAAUGAGUUACCCCCCUCUUUCAAUUUCUUAUGUUUUGAUUCCUCCCAUUAUUAGGUCUGUAGUCUCCCCUGUAAUAAUAGUGCAGUGAAUGCAAAUUUAAGCGUUUCACUCAUUCAGUUAUUAAUCAUAGCAUUUUGUAAAAAGUUCUUUUAAACACUUUUUUUUAAACCUGUUUCUUUUCUAUGAUCUCUGACUGACUCUUACACCUGAUUUGACCUGUUCUCUCUUUUUUUUUAACCCAUGAAACUGAAAUGUGAUUUUAUUUUUGUGCCUUUUUUAAAUUUGUAUUUUGCACAUUCUCAACUUUUCAACAUUUCUCUAUGAAUAGGGUCUUGGACAGAUAUGUGUGUGUUUUGUUUCAUUUCUUUUCUAUAUUCUAGAUCUGAACUCUCCACAUGACAUCUCUGAUUGUACUAUUGCAACAUCCUUUUCUACAGUUAGAUGCCUUGUUGUUUUCAGACUUGGUCUUCCUUGACAUUUUCUAUUUAGAUUGUUAUGAUUCAGGAUGAGUCACUUGGUGAUCCGCAUUCUCACACCUGUUGUACAUUCUUCUAAAUUGGAUAAAAAUAUUUCAUAUUGAGUGCUGAUCCAUGCUCUUUCUUUUAAAGGAGAGAUUGUAUUUAUAAAAUUGUCCAUAAUGAUAAACACAAAAUUCAAACCUGGACAAUGUGUUUUUUGGUUUUAUUAUUCUUUCUUUAUUUUUAUAGUAAUUUCAAAAGGUUUUUAUUUGAUUUAAUCUAAAUUUCAACUCUUCCUGUGGGCCUGUCUGGGUCAUGGGCCACCAACUAGCGUCCUCCUGGUGUGUCUGUUUUGGGAUGGUCUUUUCAACUGUCCCCACCUCUUGCCAUCUGCGUGGCAUCUGCAUCCUAAUCUUGAUGCUAUGGAUUUCUGGUCAUAUUUUAAUAUAUGGUUUGUUUGUUUUAUUAUAAUUUGAACUGAAGGUACUGGGGUUCAAGUCUUGAUCAGUCAAUUAUUUUUUCUCUCCAUUGUUUUUAAAGUACUUGUUGUUUACCCUGUGCUAUACAUUUGUUUGAUGAUUUUCUACAUUAUUAGAGUGUAAUUUAAAUAAAAGUCUCUCAGAUACUGUCGUUUCUCUAUGGCGGCCUGCCAGGGUUAUCUUCUAGUAACAUGAUUGUAUUUAAAACUCUCCUACAUUCUAUUGAAGCUCAAUUUGAUGAUCUAACAUAAUUACAGCGUGUAUUUUUCAUUUGUUCACAUUGCCAAUUUGAUCUCAUCCGUUCUAUAAAUACGACUGUCAAGAUGAACAGGGUACCUACUUUAUAUAGGUUAGUGUCUGAUUCAGUUCUAUUCUCACAGUGUUUUUUGUAACCCUUUUAAAAAGUGCCCUUGUUUUAAUUUUAUUAUUUACUUGAUUUUUUUUCUGUGAUGAUUCAAUUUAUAUUCCAUAUUCAUGCCAAUCAGUGUGACCCACUGGAAUAUUUUUUUUUUCAAAGCACAAAAAUAAAAAUGAAUUUGUUACAUCAUGUCAAUAAUUUUUAUUUACAAUAUAAGCUUGUAGUAUCAUAAAAUACUGAAUGUUUUGCUUUCCUGACAUCCCUCUAGGAUUUUUGUCUUUGCGUUUCCACUUGAUGUUAGUAGUUAGACUUUUACUAUGGUUCCUUCUGAUUUAUAUCAGGUGUUAAAGUUUUUGAAUAAUCUGUGCUUUAUUUAAUAAGAAUAUUAUAGCUAGUCUUAUUGUCUGCAGAUUAAGAAGGAGUGUAGUAGCCCACUUUGCUACCCUGACCAAUAUUUACAUCCUUAACAUAUUACCUUCCCCUAUUUGCCUGUCCAUAUCAGAGACAUUUUGAAUGAGUUUUUAUUUUAAAAAAAAUCAAAUAAAAGCUACUACAAAUUUGGGGGGAAAAAAAGAAAUAAUUACAAACAUAAGCAAAAAAAUGUUUCAUAGGCCUUUAAAAUUUAGAAGAAAAUCUGAGUUUUAAAUGUAUUUUACUGGUCUGUAUUAGUUUUGUCUUAUGUCCCAGACCUUGUUGCUGUUUUGUGGUUUCAGUUAAUUCAACUAGUUUACUAGCAAUGCACAUCUUGAAGUCAAUAGUUUAUAGGCAGAGGCCUUGUGUUAGACAUGUCUGAGGAUAUUUUGAACUCGUGGUCAGUGUUGAUGUGAUUAGUGGUAAUAGAGCAGCUUUUAUAGUGUGUGUCUCUGUGGGUAGCAUCACAUUGUGAGGACCACUGGAUCACUUUUAGAGUGAUAUUAGUGUUAUUAACUUUCAUUAACAAUUGUGGCCAAAGAUUGCUUUCAGUAUACCUUGCCUUUCAUUUAGCCCAUCAACAACACAGAAGAGGUGACAACUGAUUUGAAUGGAACUGUCUCCCAAGAUCACUUAUUUUAUAUUCUUCUUAAUGCCUAUGUUGUAAAUGACUAUUUUUUUUCUUUUUAAUUUUUUUUUUUUUUUUUGAUUGAUUGUUCUGUGUAUAUUUGACGGCUAUUUAUUUCUUUUUAUAAACUAUUUUAUGAACAAGCAAUUGUUAUUUGGGCUUAUUGUGUAUUGUGUCGUUUAAACAUGUCUUGUACUACAUAUAGAAGUGGUGGAUGAGGAAGUAGGUCAUUUGUUUUUCAAAAUGUUUUUUUUAAAUUGUAUUUUUGUGUAGUGGCUUAUGAUCAACUGUUAUCACUGAGGGUUUAGGCUGCAGACAUCUACAUUUUGGCUUACAAAAGCUGUGACAUCUUUGCAAGCUGAUGUCAUUGGUAGUCUGGCACUGGUGAUUCUGUCACGCUAUGGCUAUUGCAGAUUGCUAGGUCAUGUUCAGUGGUCACAGGAGCUGUCUGUGUUUGCCAUGUCAUGUCUCAGCUACUGGCACACUCUAACUGUGCCAUUUCAUGCCACAGCUGCUGGCUAAAUGUCUCCUGCUGUGUCUCAGCUGCUGGCUAAAUGUCUCCUGCUGUGUCUCAGCUGCUGGCUAAAUGCCCCUUGUGUUGUGACUUGGUGGCUCUCAAACCAAUCAGGGGACUUGGCCUCCAGACCAAUAAGAUGACUAUAUAUGUCUAUGGCCUCCAAACCAACCAGGUGAUUAUGUAUGACUAUGGCCUCCAAACCAGUCAGGUGAUUAUGUAUGACUAUGGCCUCCAAACCAGUCAGCUGAUUAUGUAUGACUAUGGCCUCCAAACCAGUCAGGUGACUAUGUAUGACUAUGUUGUUGUUUCGACCUCCAUUGCUUUAUUAGAUGUUUUCUUAUAAUGUUGUUCAUUCAAUGUCAGCACUUGCAGUCCUCCCCCCUCCCCCACACCUUGUACACAGUCCCAGCUUGUCUCAUUAGGUGCUAAAUCUGGUCAUGUUUCUCCUGAACUAUGCAUAUAAGCCCAGAUUUAUUUUGUUAUCAUUUAGAAAAAGAAACUUUUUUUUUUUCAUAUUUAUUAUACAUGUAUAAAUGUAAUUAUAUACACUGUGUCCAGAUACAAUUUUUUUUAAAGUAGUGGUCAUCUAAUUAUGUGACCAAUCAACUGGCUAUGCAAUGUCAAUAUUUUUUUGUCUACACUUAAUUAGUAUUUUCAAUAAAUAUAUUCCAGAUUUGAUGUACACAUCCCCCCCUCCUCAAAUAUAAUUCUAUUAAACUGUGGAGUGUUAAAUUUUUAUAUGCCAUCGAAUUUUGAUAAAAGAAUUAUAAUUUACAGCCAUAUAAAACAAUUUUUACCUUUACUUGAUUCACUAUGUCAUGGUUUCUCGAUGCUAUUCUACAUAAUGAGUUGUUGGGUAGAAGAAAGUUUGACUGGAGAACCUUAAGACUCAAACAGUUAGUGCAUUUUGUCCUGACUUUUGGUUCCAUACUUGGUACUGUGCCUUACAACAGCUGAUCUUUUUAGUAUUGAAACACAAACUUUUUUUUUUUUCAUUUUAAAAAUUUAUGAAUACAAUCACUUAGAAAACUUGAAAAGAAAUGUCAGUUGAAUCAUCUUUUUAUUUGUAACUGUCUUGUGUUGUACAUGAUGACAUUCUAUCUCACCCUUGUUGACUGCAGUAUUUUCAUUUCUCUCCAUGCCUUAGUGCACACAUGUUUGAAACAUUCAUUGUAUAGCCCAUGACUUUGUAGAGAAAGAAGCUAGAGGGUAGAGCGAAUUGACAUACAAUUUGGCCAGAUUUUAUUUUCCUUGAAAUUGAAAUAUACCUACUAUGCGUGAGAAAGUUUUUAGAAAUCCUGCCAUACGUAGAUUCUGUAUUUUUCGUAAUGACUUAAAAAUUUAGAUCAAAUAUAAAGUUGUUGUUUUUUUUUGGUUUGGAUAUAUAAAAUUCUGGCACAUAAUUAGACCUUUGACCCGUGUUUAGCUCUUAACAUGAUUUGAAAUAAAAGUAUUUGUCCAAAUGAUCA